AGAAUCUGCAGUCGAGUCAGAAAAUCCAGAAAUGCAGGAUGAAGAAGGGACCGGUGAUGCUGUAUCGGGUGAAGAGCCCCCGGUCAAGCCGGAGACGCUGGAUGAAGAUGGAGCCCGGGAUAUGUUGCAUGAAGAGUUCAUAAUCAAGCCAGAAACGGUGGAUGAAGACGAGAUGUCAUUGUGUUCGGACGGCAGCGCCGCCUGCGCCAGGGAACAGCUCGCGAUGACGUGUUCCGUGGUGCUCGAGCGCCUCCGCGGCGACGCGACUGUUCACAGUGGAGACAAGACAUACGACUGCGAAUACUGCGGAGAAAAUAUCAGAAAUAAGUCGAUUUUAAUCAAACACAUACAAAACACACACUUGUCCACCGGACCAACACCAUUUGCUUGUGAUUUUUGUAGUUCUACUUUUCAAAGCAAAUUUCUUGUAAUCGAACACGAGAAAAGCGAACACGGUGUUACAAAUUUCAUGUGUGCUGAAUGUGAGUAUACAACAAGUUUCAAGAAAAGUUUGGAGACUCAUUUAAAGAGUCACUCAGUUAAGAAUAAUUUUAAUUGUAGUCGCUGUAGUUACACGAGUUCGUGUAAAAGUGAUUUGCACAAACACCAAACAAUACACAUGGCUGGCGAACCUUUUCAGUGUAGCGACUGCGAUUUCAAAUGCAAUCAGAAAUCAAAAUUACGAAGACACCAGAAGAUACACACUGGCGAGAAGCCUUUUACAUGUAGCUAUUGUGUUAAAAAAUUCAGGCGGAUGUCACAUUUAAAAAGACACCAAUUGAUACAUACUGCGAAGCCAUUUCAAUGUAGCACUUGCAACUACAAGACCAGGUGGGAAGCAGACUUACGAAUUCACAAAAGAAUACACACCGGAGAAAAGCCGUACAAAUGUAGUCAUUGUGACUACAAGUGCAGUCAUAAGUUCAACUUACGCACACACGAAAGGAGACAUACUGGCGAGAAGCCUUUUCAGUGUAGCCACUGUGAUUACAAAUGCAGUCUGAAAUCAAGCUUACAACGUCACAUAAGAAUACACACAGGAGAAAAGCCCGAAAAGCCGUACAAAUGUAGUCAUUGCGACUACAAGUGCAGUCUGAGUUUAAUCUUACGACGUCACGAAAGGACACAUACUGGCGAGAAGCCUUUUCAGUGUAGCCACUGUGAUUACAAAUCCACUCAAAAAUUUACCUUACAACGUCACGUAAGGAAACACACCGGUGAAAAGCCGUACAAAUGUAGUCAUUGCGACUACAAGUUUAGUCAGAGUACAAGCUUACGAUAUCAUGAAAUGACACAUACUGGCGAGAAGCCUUUUCAGUGUAGCCACUGUGAUUACAAAUGCAGUCGGAAAUCACAUUUAAAAAGACACCAGACAAUACAUACUGGGGCGAAGCCAUUUCAAUGUAGUCAUUGCGACUACAAGUGCAGUGAUAAGACAAGCUUACGAAAUCACGAAAGGACACAUACUGGCGAGAAGCCUUUUCAGUGUAGUCACUGUGAUUACAAAUGCAGUCAGAAAUCACAUUUAAAAAGACACCAGACAAUACAUACCAGGCAAAAGCCUUUCAAAUGUAAGUAGUGAUCGUGAUUACAAUGUCGUGAUAUGCAAUAUAUGAAUUAAUUCCAUUCAGGUGUCCAUGCAAUUUUGCAAAUCGUUGUACAUGUUUCACGAUCUAUUUUGAACUUUUGGUGAGUAAGUAAGAGUUUAAAUAAAAUAAAAAACGUUUUAGGUGAAGUUUCAUUUUUGUUACAAGCUUUUAUCGCCGACUGUACUUUUCUUUCCACAUGCAACACACAUCUGAUCGACACACUAACAAACCCGAAACACAAUUAGUUUGCGUUGUUUUAUCUCAGAGUUCCUAUGGCCACCUCCUGUCUCCAUCAUCAGACCAGCUCCAUGUCAUCAUAAUAUUGCAUUGUUAUCCGAUUUACAUACGUAUGCAAAAUCUCAGCUCAAUCGGAAAUCGGGAAGUGGGUCAAAUUUAGCUUCCAUGAUUUGACCCACACUAACUAAACUAACAUACCUUCAUACAUACUACAGGGCAAGUUAAAUAAAAGCUUGUAUUAAAAAUGACUGCUUCUAGUUCUCGGGAAGAUGUAAAGACAUAAACAAACAGUUUAUUUUGUUUAUUAUAGUUUAUAAGUCAUACUCUUAUUUAAAAUUAAGCUAUAAAUGAGUUUUACCUUCAAUAUACUGUUAGUCAUUAUUUUAUGUAUGGUUAAAAAGUUAAAUUGUAAUGAUUUCAUAGCUGACUACAUAUUUUUUAUUAAAUAAAUGCGGCUGUCUUUCAUGCCUUUACCUCAGACAAUAAACAAAACGGCGGGCAAUCUAUUUUAACUUUUUUCCUUCGCAAGUGCGAUGAAAAACAUUGUGUCAAACACAAGCGCCUAAGGGUAAGGGGAGGCCUAUGUUCAGCAGUGGGCGUCUUAUGGCUGAGAUGAUGAUGAUGAUGAUGAAACACAAGCGCUAUGAAAAUUGAAAAAUCGACUCAUAAAACCCCUCUGCCCCGUCCCUGCCCAUCGUGAUUCUAUUGACUCUCUUUAACAAUGUUGUCCAUACCAGGGGUAGGAAACUAGAGGGUUCGGGCAUUGUCGGCUCUUUUCGGCUCAGCAUAGCUCCGAGUAAUUAUUGGGGUUGGCGAAACUUGACGUGCCUUUGGGUUUUGGGUGCAAAGUCACAGAUAAGAUAAUUACUUGAAUUUUAACAACCCUAAAUAGCCGAAAGGGAUAGUGCUAUACAUUAGAAAUGGACAGCACGAUUCGUCUUUGAACCGCUGC